AUGGAUAGUCUGAUAAAAGAGGUUGACCGAAGGUUGACCGAGUACGGUCGGUGGUUUCCCGAUAUUCUAAGUGAGGACUUUGGAUGGCGUCUGGUUUUCGAUCCGUUUAAUUACUCUAGCCGGGAGGUGCGGGAGAAAAAUCGUUUUUUCGUUAAUUUGACCUCGACCGAUUCGGGUGCUCUUCACGAUUCGACUAGUUUCAUGCUUCUGUCGGAGGCGUCUGUGGCGGACGUGAAUUCAAGGUUGGAGAAACCGGUGACGGCUUUGCAAUACCGGCCAAACUUUGUUGUGAAAGGACCGGCCGCAUACGAGGAGGACAAUUGGAAGUGGAUUAAGAUAGGCGAAACGAUCUAUCGGAAUCUGAAGCCGUGUACGAGGUGCAUCUUCAUCAACGUGGAUCCGGAAACUGGAAUACCCAGCACAAACUCGGAACCACUAAAGACGCUCAAAACGUACCGUCGACAACCGGGCCUUGGCGAUGAUCCAGUUCGGCAGCUACACACAACCACGACAGCCUCAGUGGAGAUCGACCGCGGUCUCUGAUGACCUCAGCAUUAUCGGGUAAGCCUGCACACUAUUAAUUCUCACCUCCCCUUGUUAGCCCUUACCAUUAAAUAUAUAUGUUUUGGGAUUAUUAGACAUUC